AGAGCAUCAAGCCGUUUGCUUUCCCACCACUUCUCUGCUCCAAGCCUGAAAUCCUGAUCCGUUCGCUGACCCUCGCCGAAAACUAGAUAAUCUAAAACAAUUUGCACAGCACCCUUCCAUGGCGUAAAUCUAGGAAAAAGCCUGCGAAAACAAGAACAGGGUUCUUCACAAACCAAUGCAAUGGCCUCCGUAUCCACCUGCAUCUCUAUAAAGCCUUCGCUGUUCCUAAAACCUUCCUCGCCACACUACCGGAAUCGGCGACUCCAACCUUUCCGUCCAUCAAGAAACUUCUCCAGGGUUCGGAGCCCUAGGGUUUAUGCUCCCGUUGUCCGAGCGAGUAUUGAUGUUCCAUACGCAAUUAAACCUGGGGGCAGUGUGGAGAGCGAUAGACUGCCGUCAGAUGUGCGAAAGCGGGCCAUGGACGCUGUCGAUGCGUGCGGAGGGAGGGUUACAAUCGGGGAUGUGGCCAGCAGGGCCGGGCUCAAGUUGAGUGAGGCUCAGAGAGCUCUGCAGGCGCUUGCUGCGGAUACCGAUGGGUUCUUGGAGGUGUCAGAUGAAGGUGAUGUUCUUUAUGUUUUUCCAAAGGAUUAUCGAUCUAAGCUUGCAGCCAAAUCAUUUAGGAUAAAAGCUGAACCUUUGGUUGAAAAGGCGAAGUCUGCAGCUGAAUAUUUAAUAAGAGUUUCCUUUGGGACAGCUCUGAUUGCUUCAAUUGUUCUUGUUUAUACUACAAUUAUUGCUAUUGUCUCAAGUAGAAGUGAUGAGGACAAUCGUGGAAGACGGGGAGGCAGAUCAUACGAUUCGGGUUUCACAUUUUACCUCAACCCAUCGGAUUUAUUUUGGUAUUGGGAUCCAUACUACUAUAGAAGGCGACGCGUACAAACAGAAGGUGAUGGGAUGAACUUCAUUGAAUCUGUUUUUUCAUUUGUGUUUGGUGAUGGUGAUCCUAAUCAAGGAAUUGAAGAAGAGAGGUGGAAGUUGAUUGGACAAUACAUAUCUUCAAAUGGUGGCGUGGUGACAGCUGAAGAACUUGCUCCCUAUCUUGAUUUAUCGUCAAUGGAUGCCACUGAUAAUGAUGAGUCAUACAUCUUGCCAGUGCUUUUACGGUUUGAUGGUCAGCCAGAAGUGGAUGAACAGGGAAACAUUCUGUAUCGAUUCCCAUCGCUACAGCGUACAGCUGCUUCUCAGAGGAGUGGAAGGAAGGAAUAUGUUGGGAGAAGAUGGGCUGACUGGAUUGGUGGGGUUGAGAAGUUUUUCGAGGAGAAGAAAUGGCAAUUCAGUAAAACUAGAAGUUCUGAGAGAGCAAUGGUCAUUGGAUUGGGUGGGCUUAAUCUGUUUGGGGUUAUUAUUCUUGGUAGCAUGUUAAAGAAUAUGUCAGUUACGCCAAGUGGAUUCAUUACGUUUGUUGCAGAUAUAUUUCCCCUGCUUCAGAUUUAUGCUGGUUCUUUUUUUGCAAUUCCUUUGGUCCGAUGGUUCUUUUUUCGCAAAAGGAAUACUGAAAUAGAGAAGAGGAACCAAAUACGGGAACAAUGUGCUCAGGCACUUGAAAUGCCAGAUCUUUCUCUAAGGCAAAAGAUUCUUAGUGCUCGGGAUAUGGCCCAAAGAACAGUUAUUGGACAGGACCGGAUUAUUUAUAGCACUGACAAGGACUUGUUUGAGCAAGACUACGAUUCCCAAGAUUGGGACCAGAAAUUCCGGGAGCUUGAGAAAUCAGAUUGAAUCAAGACCCGUCGCUUGGUAAAUUUUGCAUUGCCUUUGCCCUCAAAAUGCUGUGUUCAGGGUCACAGGAAAGAGUAGAAGGAAGGAAGAUGGGUGAGAGAUUGACCAUGUUCGCCCAUGCAGUUCCAUGAACUAACAGGUGAGGGAGGUUGGGUGAAAUUUACUAGCUGUUAUAGUUACAGAUGUAUAUUUUUGUAUUUUAUAGGGGGGUUUUUGGGGGAGGAUGAAUGGGCGUAUGGAUAUGUACUCGAUUAAGCGUCCAUAUUGGAGUGCUGGAUAAUUAACUUGUGCCAGCAGUUGCUCGAAUCUACCCAUGGAUAGGAUAACUUUUAUGAUGCUUAGCAGGACAAUGCCUUUUCAUUUCCAUCCAUGGAACACAUUUACCUCUUGAGAAAUUGAAAAAUGUUGUCUUCCUUGUAAUUAAUUUGAAUUUACAAUGAAGGUUAUGCCAUAUACAACCUA